ACUUGGGGGGAAGGGGUCGCGCGUUGGGUGUUGUGUAGGGCGCCAUAAUAUUUGUUGUUGCCUUCCUUCCCUGUGUUACUAUCCGCAUCCGGUUAUUGAACGUAAAAGUGAAAGUCUGACCUGCGAGACCAAAGAAGAUAUCACCCCGGCUAGAAAUUAAGAGUAGGGCCAGGUUGUUAGAAUAGACGCGAAAAAAUGGGCAAGAAGGCACAAAACAACACAGCCUUGGUGCGCCUGAGGCGUGACUACAUGCGCCUGAAAGCUGACCCUGUGCCGUACAUAUCGGCUGAGCCGCUGCCUUCCAACAUCUUGGAAUGGCACUACAUCGUUCGCGGACCGGAGGGCACGCCGUACGUGGGCGGCCUGUAUCACGGCAUGCUGCGCUUCCCCUCCGAGUACCCGUUCCGGCCGCCCAGCAUCUACAUGAUCACGCCGAACGGCCGCUUCAAGCCCAACACGCGGCUCUGCCUCUCCAUCAGCGACUUCCACCCGGACACCUGGAACCCCAGCUGGAGUGUGUCCACCAUCCUGACGGGCCUGCUCAGUUUCAUGCUGGAGGUCUCGCCCACCGUCGGCAGCAUAGAGACGUCCGACUAUGAGAAGCGCAUGUACGCCCACCACAGUCUGCAGUACAACAUCAACGACCCCACGUUCUGCGAGCUCUUUCCGGACGAAGUGCAGGAGAUCCAGACGACGCUGGCACGCCGGCGGGAGAGCGCAGCGGAGGCGGCACAGGAGACUGCCGGCGCCGAAGCAGCACGCCGCUCGGCCGGCGACACCAACUCCGGUCUCAGCGCCGCGCUCAGCAACCUCAUCGUCAUGGCCGGCUUCGUGCUGUUCGCCGGCAUCGUUCACUACGUGGUCACGCAGGACUUGUAGGGCGCCGCCGCGCGGGGCGCGACGUGCGAGAGCGGGGCGUCAGCUCCCUGGCGGUGCCGAGCUGAACCAGCAGCUGCCGACCGGCGGCGCCCCCGACCGCGGCCUGACGUGGCUCGGAGGCUGUGGCGCCGCCUGACUGUUGGUCAGGGAGCUCGCCGCCCGGCAUGGGCAGAGCCAAGGCGAUAGGGUCGACAGGUGGCAUGCGACUUAGGACGAACGGACGGGCGGCGGCGGCGCUCGUGCGGCUGUUUUGGUGCUGCGGUACCGCGGCGUGGGGGAGACGCCGGCGCGUUCAGUCGCUGGCCUAUCGUAGCAGGUUUAAACUUCUUGAAGUGGGGUGGCGGCUGUUGAAAUCGGUCGCAUUUAUCUGUGACCUAGUGUUUUUUGUGACCUCGCUUUGGGCGUAGCGGGAUGUGAUUUUUUCGAGGUCGGAUGGAAGCCGGGCGCCUCCGCCGGCGUGCCGACAGGACCUCUCGCGGCCGUGCGUAUCAGCCGCUGUGCGCACAGUUGGCGCCGUCGCUCCGUCGGAAUGGUGAUCACGAUACGCAGCAAUGCCAAAAUAUGCCGAUUUGGAAUUGCUCUGGACUGAAUGUGAUGGGUGGAAGGCCACCAGGCGCGUGGCACCGCGCUGAUGUGGAAGCACGUGUUACGGGCACGUGAUGACAACGCGAGCGUCGGCCACCCCGCGGUCCACUCGAGCUCGGACUGCGCCUUGCCUGCCGACCACGUGUACGUGCGGCGCUGACCACGGAGAUAUGCGUGUUGUGAAUAUACGAAUACCCCUAUCGUCAUA